AAAUGUGCUAAGUGGUAUUUUGUGAUGAUAAAAACAGCAUAGAAUGUGGACCGUAAUGGUGGAUAUGAAUCAAAUAUUGUGUUGGACAUAGAGUCGAGAAGGACAAGGAUAAUUUUACAGUGAUCUAUGGAAAUAAUCUAUUUGAGUUGCUCGUUUCUCUACAUUAUCACACACAUCAACAGAGGCAAACAACAGCAGACAAUCUGCUUUCCUUUCCCAAAAAACAACAGAGAGUUCAUUAAACUGCGAGUCUGUAAGAAAACCCCAAAAAUGAAACACUCAGCAGUCUCCCCUGCAGGUCCAAGCUGGUUUUCAAAACCAGGAACACAGUAUGGCCUGCUCCUGGUGAUAGUGGAAAAAAAUGCUGCUGCGUUUGGUGUCCAGCUCCAGCUCGAUAUUGCUCUUCGAAAAGUCCAGCACAAAAACCGAGAAGCUGAGAAUCUGAGAAUCUGAGCACCAAGAAAAAAUCAAGCAGUACGCUUCAUCAUGCGGUGAUAUUCAUAUUUAUGUGUAAUAUACGAG